AAUUUAUGUAAAAAGGAUAGGAUUAUACAAACAUCACUAGAAAUAAUCCGUUUAUCUAUACAGGGAUUAUAAAUUGGAUUCCCUAAAGAUUUUCUUUUAGUUUUUUAUCCUGAUAUCAUUUUUACAUCCUUGCUAUUUUUGAAUUUAUCCAUUUAUUCAAAAAAAAAAAAAACGCCGGGAAUUGGUUAAUGCAGGCUUCGAAGCUUCGCUGAAGACAUGAAGACAACCAACAACCCUACCUUUGGCAGUGGCACGAGACGGAGAAACUCCAGUAAUGUUUCGCCGGUGAUAAAUUCUGAUCAAUGCCUACCUCCAUCAGAAUCCUUCAGUCUCGAUUUGAUACAUGCUGCUACUGAAACUUAUUUAAUAAUUGGUCUUAUUUUUACUCUCAUCAGCUAUCUCGGGGUAGGCCGAAAUAAGUCGAGGGCUGUUUCCCUCUUGGUUUACACAUCGCUGAUAUCACCUGGCUUGCUCAAAGUUGCAUAUCAAUUUUGCCUCUCAACCCAUAUCCGUAGAAGUGUGGUUUAUGGUGAUCAGCCUAGAAAUAGAUUGGAUCUAUUCUUACCAAAAGAUAAAGAUGGCCCGAAACCUGUCAUUAUCUUUGUGACUGGUGGAGCAUGGAUGAUAGGAUAUAAAGGAUUGGGUGCCCUUUUCGCUCUUCCGUUAGCAGAAAGGGAUAUCAUAGUGGCAUCUCUUGACUACAGGAACUAUCCUCAGGGUACAAUAAGUGAUAUGGUUGAAGAUAUUUCUCAAGGAAUAUCUUUUGUGUGCAAAAACAUUGCUGAAUAUGGAGGUGAUCCAAAUAGGAUUUAUGUAAUGGGACAAUCUGCUGGUGCCCAUAUAUCUUCUUGUGUACUCUUUCAGCAGGCCAUUAAGGAAUCCAAAGGAGAGACCAUCUCUUGGAGUGUCUCUCAGAUCAAAGCUUAUUUUGGUUUAUCUGGAGUCUACAAUCUACCAAGUCUAGUUGAACAUUUUGAUAGCCGAGGCUUCCACCGCUCUAUACUUUUAAGUAUCAUGGAGGGGGAGGAAUCGUUGAAACGUUUUUCUCCUGAAAUCUUGAUUGAAGAUCCAAGUGUUAUGAAUGCUGUUUCUAAAUUUCCCCAUGUUAUCCUUUUCCAUGGAACUGCAGACUAUUCAAUACCAGCAGAUGCAAGUAUAAGUUUUGUUGCGAGUCUUAACAGAGUUGGUGUGAGAGCUGAGUUGAAACUAUGCAAUGGGAAAAGCCAUACAGAUUUAUUUGUUCAAAAUGCUCUAAGAGGGGGUAAAGAUGAGGUAUUUGAUUACAUUGUUGAUUACAUACAUGGUGGUGAUGCUGAUGCACUUGCUAAGGUUGCUACAGCACCUCCAAGAAAACGCCUUUGUCCAGAACCCAUGUUGAUGUUAGCUUCCAUGUUCAGCCCCUUUUAAGGAGGGAAGUUACUAUAUUCUUAAAACUUAUAAUUAAACCACAGCAGGCAUUUAAAUUUACAGUUUGGAAUGUUGUAUGUAGAUCGAUUGUUGUUUGGUGUUGUAAAGUUAGUGUUGUUUGAUCUCUUGUAGUCGAUUUGAAGACUAUGAAGGUUUGCCUACACAUAAUUACUUGUAAAAAUAAAACGGUUUAUUAAUUCCACAAUAAGGUUUACAAAUA